AUGUCAUUCCUUCAAGUAGACGAAAACCAAAUUCCGAGCUUUAUGAAUGAAAGCAAAAAACGUCAGUCUUGUCCUGCUCAAAUUUCUGAACUGUCUCAUAGAUCCUUUGGAAAAUCCUCAUAAAUUUUAGGGGACACUACAAAUAUGAGAAGAAGUUUUGUAGAAAGUACUUCAAAAAGUUCAUUUUUAAGUGAGAAGAAACUUUCAGCAAGUUCACACUUAUCUGAGCGUGAAUAAGCCAAAUCAGAAAUCAGAUUUUCCAACAAAAAUGAUAAACUAGAAGAAUCUUAACUUAAAAAGAGUAGUUUGAGCAAAUAAGAUUAUUCUAUCAUCGAAGAAGAUUCUUUGUCUUAGAGAAGUGGUAUUCUAAGUAAAGAAAGCUCAGUUAGCAAAAGAUUAAGUACAAGUAGCAUUAAGGAAGAACUAAAUGCAAGUAGUUAAAAAAGCGAAUAAGCAUCUAAUGAAUAGAUAAGUAAAACAAGCUUUUUACCUCAAAACAAACAAUCAAGCAGUCCUCUCAAGAAAAUAAUACUUUUUGUCUUUAUUUGUUUUGUUUGCUUUUUAGCAGUAGCUUCUGCAAAAAUUUUUAUUUUCAAAGUUUAAGGAUAGACAAACUCACUUAAUAAUAGUGAAGAGAUCUUCGUUAAGAAUAAAUAUUUUGGUGAAUUGACAAGUGAAAAAUAACCAACUGAGCUACAGAAUUAAAUGUAAAUUUAACAAAAUGGUAAAGAUGAAAUAUAAGAAGUAGUUGGAGAGGAAGCUUAAGAGCAAACAUAGAUAGAUUUAGAAUUAAAAUAAUAAAACGUAUAUAAUACUAAAUACUCAGACCAAAAUAUUUCAUAAUUGAGUAUGUCAAAGUAAGAAAUGCUCAUACAAGAGGAAUCAUAGCUAUUCUUUAAUAACUUGGUCAAGGUAGUACAAACUGAACGCAGAAUUCCUUACUAAUAAUUUGAAGAAUACUUAUUAGAUAGAUGCACUCCUGCUAUUUUUGACAAAGUAAAAGAAAGAAUCCAAAUUCUUGUUGAUGAAAGUGUUAGCAUAAAAGAAGAGCUAGACAUCUCAAAUGGCUCACGCUUCUAUGUUAGUCUUGAAAAGAAUUGA